UCACAGUAGAUACUGAGACAAGAGUGGGUAGAUGUGUCAUGGUCACAAUGAACCUGACCUCCAGCUCUGAUCCUGUCUACUUCCUUACCAGCAGAUUUCCUGGUAUGAGAGACCAGCCAGAUACCAUCAUCAAAGCUGACUCUGCUAUCUUAGGUGGCUCCUACCAGAGUAUGGGCAAUUCAGCAGAUAACAGAACAUUAAUGCUGCCUCCAGAUGAGUUUAAUCCAUUAGGAGGGCAUACAAUCUGGCAGGUCAUCAUAAUUGUCCUCCUCACUGGAUCACUUUCUCUUGUCACUAUUGUUGGCAACAUCCUAGUGUUGGUGUCGUUCAAGGUAAAUAAGGCACUGAAGACAGUGAACAAUUACUAUCUUCUGAGCCUAGCCUUUGCUGACCUGACCAUUGGAACGCUGUCUAUGAAUCUGUAUACCACCUACAUCAUCAUGGACCAGUGGGCCCUGGGACCAGUUGUUUGUGACCUGUGGCUUGCGAUAGACUAUGUGGCCAGUAAUGCCUCUGUCAUGAAUCUGCUAGUCAUCAGCUUUGACAGGUAUUUUUCUGUGACCAGACCACUGACUUACCGGGCCAAGCGAACAACCAAGCGGGCCAUGACCAUGAUUGGAUUAGCCUGGUCUAUCUCUUUUAUUCUGUGGGCCCCAGCCAUUCUGUUCUGGCAGUACAUCGUGGGUGAGCGGACAGUACAGCCAAACGAGUGCUACAUUCAGUUCUUGUCUGAGCCUAUAAUUACAUUUUGUACAGCUAUUGCUGCCUUCUACUUGCCAGUAACUAUUAUGGCAAUCCUGUUCUGGAAGAUCUAUCAGGAGACAGAGAAGCGAGCUAAAGAUGUACAGGGUCUCAAGGGAUCUGGGUCAGGGAACAACCCAAAUCAAGCUCCACAUGAAAGGGGUAGUAGUGGAAAAAAAGGUGGAGAAAGUACACCCAACAACCAGAAUAUCUCAGCAGCUAUGCUGCACCAGGUGAGGUCCCAAAACUACAGCAGCUAUGGACUAAAUCAUUUGUCUUCUGAGAAGAACAACGCAAGCCUACCAGGGGGCGUAGAAAGUAGAGGGAAAUGCAACAUGUUCUGCUUUGAGAUUUCAUCUCUUCUGCCAGUUCACCAUGCAUCCAAGAGAUUAAAUGCCACAUCACCACCAGCAGAACAGAGUAGCUGUGACAGCUUUAACAAUAACGAGGCCUGGGAUUCAGAAGACCAGUCAGGUUCAGAGGCAGAAGUCGAUGCAAGAUCUUCAAAAGAUGGUAAGAAGUCUAGAAAGGGGAAGGAAAACAAGGAAAAAUAUCCCCUGUCUACAAACAUAAGUCCAAGAGGAUCAAAUGCAGCAACCUCCUGUUCUGCUGACCUGUCACCUACAGCUAUCACCAUGAAAGACGCUGCAGUGGCCAAACGCUUUGCCUCCAAGGCCAAGACGGAGAUCAGCAAGCGCAAGAACGAAAAAAAGGCAAAUGAGAAAAAAGCUGCAAGGACACUUAGCGCCAUUCUGUUUGCCUUCAUUACAACAUGGUUACCAUAUAAUAUCAUGGUUUUGGUCAAUACUUUUUGUCAGGACUGUAUCCCUGAAACUCUCUGGGCUCUGGGCUACUGGUUGUGUUAUGUUAACAGCACAGUCAACCCCAUGUGCUAUGCCUUAUGCAACAAGACCUUCAGGACAACCUUUAGAGAUAUUUUAAUGUGUCAGUGGAAUCAAAGAAAGAACAAGCCUCAUUUUUAUCAGAGACAGGCUGUGGCAUUCCAUAAGAAAGACCCCAUGUAGAGUGUGGAUCUUUGUUUAAAGCUGCACUUU